AUGGCGGGAAUGAAGACUGUGCAAGAAGAUGGGCCCUCUCAUUUGAGAGCUUAUUUGAUAGUCUUCGCUGUAAACAUCCUACACAUUUCUACUGGAGCAGUAAUGAGUUGGUCUUCUCCCAUCCUCCCGAAACUCAACCUGACCACUCAUGAGCAAAGUCUUGUCGGAUCUCUGUAUUCCCUCGGAGCUGCUCCUGGACCUUUCGUCAUAACCUUUGGCUUGGACACCAUCGGCAGGAAAGGAGUGAUCUACGUACUCUGGGCUGCGUUUCUAUCAUCCUGGACAAUCAUGGUCAGCUCUCAGAACCUGUACGUCAUCUACAUCGCGAGGUUGAUCGGAGGGCUUGGUGUCGGAGGCGCUUGUGCUGGUCUACCGGUUUACAUCGCAGAAGUUGCUAUUCCCGAGAUUCGAGGUCGCCUUGCAUCAACAGCUCUUCUGUUUUUGGGCUUAGGAAAUCUUGUCAUGUACGGAUUCGGACCAUAUGUCACUUAUACCAGUCUCGCUUUGUACGGUAUUGGAAUCGCUGCCAUGUUUGUGCUGUUCUUUUACUUUGUCCCUGAGUCACCAUACUAUUAUUGUAAAAAAGGAAAAAGGAAAGAGGCUGAAGAGGCUCUUCAAAAGAUAAGGGGCUACAAGACUCACGAAAAGCUAGAAGAAGAACUUGCUCAAAUUGAAAGAGCAAUCAUGUUGGAAAAAGAUAACUCUGUCAGUUUUCUUGUAGGCAUCAGACAGCCAGUUGCUUUGAAGGCUUUAGGUCUAGGCAUUUUUCUUGUGGGAAUGCAACAAUUCACAGGAGGAAACCCAAUAGGUGCCUACAACCAGAUUAUUUUCGAGCAUGCCAAUCUAAACUUUCCUGCCCACUAUGUGCCGGUUAUCUAUUUAUUUGUUGGAAUGGCAUUUUUACUGCUGCCAGUAUUAUUGGUCAACAAGCUGUUUGGAAUAAAAACUGCUUACAUAGUGUCAGGAUAUGGGACCAGUAUCUCAUUGGCUCUGCUAGGUCUGUACUUUUACUUGAUCAAUAGUGGUGGUGUUGAUAUGUAUGAUUACAGUUAUAUCUCUGUACUGUUCCUGGUUCUGAUGUCUCUAUUCAGUCAUCUUGGUGUCGCACCCUUGUCAUGGCCAAUUGUAGCCGAAAUUCUGCCGCUGUCAGUAAAAGGAGUUUGCACAGGAAUAUGCGGCUGCAUCAGCUCUCUCAUCGGAUUCCUUUAUUUAGCAGUCUUUCCCACAAUAUCAACAAAUUAUGGAUACUCUACUGACUUCUUUGGGUUUGCAGCAAUAUUAUUUGUGGCUACAACAGUAGCCAUGUUCAUUGUACCAGACACAACCGGAAAGACCCUACAAGAAAUUCAAGAGCUUCUUGCAGAAUGA